AUGACUUCUCAACCCCCCCAACAGCGCAUCUUCUUGACUGGAGCCAGUGGCUACGUAGGCUCUGUCAUCACAGAGCUGGCCCUCAAAAACGGCUACCAAAUCCACGGCCUCUCCCGCAACAAAUCCAGCGACUCAAAGCUCCGCAGCCUUGGCGCCGUACCCAUUAGAGGCGACCUCACCUCCCUAGACGUCAUACGCCACGAAAGCAAAGCAGCAGACGUCGUCAUCCACCUAGCCACAGCCUACGUGUUCGGCGGAGAGCCCUACGAGACCUUCAGACCCAUAGACACCGCAGCCGUCGACGCCAUAGCCGAUGCUCUAGCCGGCACCGACAAGCCUCUCGUCGUCACGUCCGGUACCCUCUGCGUCGCGGCGGAUCCCACCGGCGCAGAGACCACCGAGACAUCGCCCGCGGAUCCGGAGCCCAUCAACACCCGUAUCCUGACCGAACUACACUCGCUGGAUCUCGCAAAGAGAGGGGUUCGCGUCAUGUCGAUCCGACUGGCGCCCUACGUCUAUGGCCGAGGCGGCAGUGGUGUGGCGCAGUUCAUGGGCAUCGCAGCUCAGACUGGCGGGGUGACGAUCGUCAACGGCGGGAAGAAACGGACUACUAAUGUGCAUGUUGACGAUGCGGCGCGGCUCUUCCUCCUAGCCGCGGAGAAGGGACGAGCCAUUUCUGCAGCUGUUCAGGUUCCGCUGAGGGAUAUUAGCAUGGAAAUUGCAAAGGAGCAGUUGGGGCAGACUAUCUCCUUCUUCCUGUCUACAGAGAAUAGGGCGUCUGGUGCAAAGGCCAGAAAAGAGCUUGGCUGGGACCCCCGAGGUCUAGGUAUCUUGGAGGACAUUAGCAAGGGUUCGUAUGUGGAAGUUGCCAAGGCCCUCAAGAAGUAG